AAGCACGUUCUCCUGCAUGUCUUGGGGGCGCGCCCAAAGUGCACAAAAGCGGCGUGGUCUCAAGCUAUUCAAAGAUUAGGAGACAGGUUUCAUCCAAGUACUGAGCAACGCGCAAGUUUAGGAAAGGAGGAAACAUUCUGGCUACUUGCGACGUGGCGCCGUAAACUGUAUUGUUUCUUUUAAAAAGCCGCUAACAUCUGGCACAUAACAUGAGAUGAAUUCGUAAAAAUUACUCGAAUUUGUACAGUGUCACACGAACUCGGCGACUUGAGGUUGAACGUCGUGGUUUUAAGAGAAAGGGGAUUCUGUUGCACUUUCAAACUGCGAGUGAACUGUGUAGACAACUCAACCUGUUCAACCACUGAAGGCAUUCAUUCGGACGCUUGCUGAAACGCACCGUUUGCAUGAAACGACGUGAAGGUCUGGCAAGUGAAUGCAACUGUGUGGGAGGCUGGAUACGAGUGAAAAGCAGGGAGACCAAGCAACUGUACAGGGUAGGAAUCCCGUACUGUACUGACCUGAGCCGACCAUGUCUCCGGGCACAUUUCACCUGAUGCAGACGCUGAAGAACUCUCCUGCCGUGAUUCGGCGCCACUUCCGCCGCGACCGCACCGAAAGCCUGUCCCACGGCGACCCACUCUUCAAGGUGCACUACUUGGGCACGGCAAAAAUCUUUUCCCUGGACCGGGACCAGGCCCAAGACGCCAUCAGCCGUCUGCUGGACGGUGCUCCGGGCAAGCUGAGGAAGGAGCACGCCCUGGUGGUGCGUCCGCGCUACGUGGAGGUGAAGGAGAUCAGCACGGGCCGGCAGCUGACCAAGACGUACCUGCAGGACAUCGCUUACUGCGCCGCAGACUCCGCCCGCCCCAACGUCUUCCUCUACAUCUGCAAGCAGCACGGGCAGCAGCUGCAGUGCCGGGUGUUCUGGUGCAGCCGGGCUGAGCGGGCCAAAGACAUGACCACCUGCCUUGCCCACUCCUUCCAGAGGGCGCUCAAUGACUGGCACGACGGGCCCUCAUCCGCUCAAGGAGAGAGAUCGCGGGCCAGGGGGGAAGAGGUCCCAGGCGCCAACAACCCCCCGUUGAGAAGCUCCACGCUGCCGGCCAGUCUUGGGAAAGUUCGCUGGCGGACGAGGAGCUCGGUGUCCCACAGUCCCCUCCGAGGAAUCACGAGGAGGGGCUCUGCCUCCGAUGGUGGGCUCUAGCACUGAGCUGGGCAUCAGCUGACCUGCCCCCCACCCCACCCCCAGGAUGUCUGUCCCAUGGCAAAGAUUUUGGGGAGGGAAGGGGACCACAGCUGAAUUACACAGGACUUUCUGUACUUUUGAUCUCAUUCAAAGCAGCAAAUGUGUGUAUUUCUUAAUAUUGGGGCAAGACACUGCCACUGAGCAGGGGAGUGUGGGCAGCCUUUGAAAAGUGAUCCGAUCAAGACAGGACUGUCAAACCUUAGACUUUUCAGCAAUCUGUACCGCACUACUGAGUGCGUUUGAAAGACAACAUGGAUUGAAGGUCAAACAGGGAUAUAACUUGGCAAACCCUCAUUUAUGAGAAGCCAACACCCAAGGUUCUUAAUAGACCCAGACAGCCAGAUUGUCGUAUUCCACAGAAUUUUUAUUUAGUUUUUUUAAAGUAUUGUUUGUUUUUAUAAGCUUUCAGCUCUGCCUUGGAAUGCACAGGGAUGUUUGUGGAGGAUGACAGAGGGCAGUAACAGAUAAGUGCAUCAGAAGAGUUAUGGUUUAGGGCUGUUUUAGAGGAGGGGGAAGGAGAAGUGAGCACUGUCGCACUAAUCCGUACACAAUAUAACUGUAUUGAGUUGGUUAUUGGCAUAUGCUGCAAUUCAUAUUUUAGGUCCUAUUUAAAAGUGGUUAGAAGAAAUACAGGCUAAGCAUCAUUUUGAAAAGCACUAUAUCAUGCCACACUGCACUGGUUGUUAAAUAAUCAGAUUUAGACAUUGCUACAAGUUUAUUUCAGUUUUCUUUUUUUAAGAUGUGUUUUUGUACAUAAAGUUAAUUUGUUUCACAUGUUCAUUGCUUUUUUGUUAUUUAUUUAAACUAUGUGUAUCGGUAUAUACCAGGUAAAGCCUGAAUUAAAACCUAGUACCCAUGUCUACUGUGCUGGCACCAUCUCAGUGCAGCUGCAUCACCUUGCAGUGUUUUUUUUUUUUUUUUUUUUUGCAUUGGGAAGUUAGUCUUUCAGGCUGGACUUGGAUGUGCAGGAUGUGAGUGCAGCAUGACGUAAAGCUGUGUGGAAUGUGCUGUGCACCUGCAGUCCACUGAGAGUGGCUGACAUGCCUGCUCGCUUCCCCUGCACAACCGCGUACCUUCCUGAUGUAUGGAAUAUUCAUUUUCUAAAAACCAUCCACUCGUGCCACUUCAGGCCGAUUCCUGGCAAUGAUUAAACAUUGCAGGCAGCUACUGGGACUGCACAAAUCAGUCCAGUCUUCAUGAUCUGUUUGGGUAAUAGUUUAAGCAAUAAGUUGGAAUUAUUAUUUUCAAGGUGGUUGAACAGUAUUUAAAAUGUGUGGAGGUGAAACCAGGCAAGUAGACGGGUUCAAAGCAGCUUUUCUUUGUGACAGGACCAAACUUGUGUGCAAACCAAGCUGUUACCUUGGGGAGGAUACCUUUUGAUAACAGCUUGUAUUAAUUACACUGUGCACAUCUUUAUGGUGUCUUAUGAAGAGGUCACUCAAUAUGCUCAUUUUAUUUUUCUGAAUGGCAAAUAUUGUGAAUAAACUAAUUCUUUUUUUAAAAGAC